AUGGAGACCGUUCCCAGCGACUCGGGCGUUAUCAUGAGAAGGAUUGUGAAACAAACGAAAGAGCGCAUAAGCCCGAUUGAGGAGCAAGUGGCACAAGCGAUGUACGAUCUCGAGUCGGGGUCGGCGGAGUGGCGCGCGGACCUGCGCGAGCUCGUGUUUCAUAGCGCCGUGGAAAUCGAUGUAGGUGGUGGUGGACGUCGCGCCAUUUUGCUUGUUGUUCCGUACCGUCUCCUGUCCAAGUACCACCGAGUGCACACGAGACUUGUACGAGAACUAGAGAAAAAGUUCAGUGGGAAGCAGGUCGUGAUCAUCGGGAAACGACGCAUUCUGCCUAGGGAGCGGAACGGGCGCCGGCUCUUGAAACAGAAACGUCCACACUCACGCACGCUCACAGCUGUCCAUGAGGCAUACCUCGAAGACGUCGUGUACCCCACGGAUAUUGUCGGGAAACGGAUUCUGUACCGUACGGACCAGACGCGCCUGUUGCGGGUGCACCUGGACCCCAACGAGCGCAACCAGGUCGAGCAUCGUAUCGACACGUAUGCCAUCGUUUACAAGAAGCUUACGGGCAAGGAUGUUGUGUUUGAGUUUCCAGACGUCUGA